AUGGCAGGAGAUUCCACCUGGCGAUCCAAGGGCGCAGCCAAGCGUCAAGCUAUUCUCGAUGCCAUUCCGGAGAAAUGGCGAUUCCAAGAGCCCGUGCCUGCUGCGACAAAAGUCCCGGAUGUCACAGGAGCUUACAUCCAGCAAUAUCUCAGUGAGCGUGAGGUCGAGAUCACCGAAUCUGAUGCUGUUGAUAUCACAGCACAAACAACCACCGGUAGUUGGUCAGCUGUUGAAGUCACAGAAGCCUUUUGUCACCGUGCUGCACUGGCUCAUCAGUUAGUCAGCUGCUUACAUGAGAUUUUCUUCGACGCAGCCAUCGAAGACGCCAAGAGACUCGAUGCCUACUUCGCAGAACAUAAAGCUCCAAUUGGUCCACUACACGGUCUCCCAGUGAGUCUGAAAGAUCAAUUCCAUGUCAAAGGAGUCGAGACAACAAUGGGAUACGUAGGCUGGAUCAACACAUUCCAAGGGAAAUCCAACGACCCACGUCGGACAGUAGAGGAAAGCGAACUGACCCGAGAGCUGCGCAGCCUCGGCGCCGUACUGUACUGCAAGACCAGUGUUCCUGCAACUCUCAUGGCCGGUGAAACAGUCAACAACAUCAUCGGCUACACUUGGAACCCGAAGAACAGACUCUUAUCUUGUGGUGGAAGCUCUGGUGGUGAAGGAGCACUAAUCGCUCUUCGAGGAUCACCUGUCGGCUUCGGCACUGAUAUCGGGGGCAGCGUCCGAAUCCCCGCCGGAUUCAACUUUCUAUAUGGGUUGCGUCCGUCAUCCGGACGGAUCCCGUACGAGGGUGCUGCUAAUUCGAUGGAUGGUCAGAUUUCAAUCUUGUCUGUUAUUGGGCCAUUAGCACCCACGGUACGCUCGUUGACAAUGCUUUUCAAGGCGGUUUUAAGCCAAGAGCCCUGGUAUCAUGAUCCACUGGUCUUGGAACUGCCAUGGCGGGAUGAAAUUGUUCAAGAGACUCAUUCUUUGAUCGAACGCGCUGGAAGUGGUGAGUCGAGUCUUGCGUUCGGGUUCAUGGCCUAUGACGGUGUGGGUCGCAUUCACCCCCCGAUUGCGCGGGGCAUGAAGAUUGUCGAACAGACUUUAAGACGAUUGGGCCAUAAGAUCAUCACCUGGAGCCCACCCUCUCAUGCUAUAGCCCAUGACUUAGCUGCCCGAGUUUUUGAAAUGGAUGGUGGCAUCGAUAUGAGGCACCAUUUUAGUCUGUCUGGGGAGGGGAAAGCAACACAGGUCAUUGUUUCCGAAGAAGGAAUCGAGCUCAAGGCCUCGGCAAUCUCUGCCAUCAACAUUACAAAGCGGGAGUACCAGAAACAGUACAUGGAUUACUGGAAUAGCACUGUGGAGUUGACCGGCACAGGACGUCCCGUUGAUGGAGUCUUUUGUCCACUAGCGCCACAUGCCGCGGUUAUUCCUGGCCAAUACGGUCAUGUCGGAUACACCACUUUUGUGAAUGUGUUGGACUACACGACUGUGUCCAUUCCAGUGACUUUUGCGGACAAGUCCGUGGAUGUUUGUCCAGCCGACAUAUCUGUCUCCGAGCUAGAAGAUCAUAUCGAAUGGGAUUAUGAUGCGGUCACAUACGAUGGUGCUCCUGUUGGGGUCCAGUUGAUAGGGAGGCGAUUGCAGGAGGAGAAAAUUCUGACGAUUGCCGAGUAUAUCGGAAAAGAGAUUGCCCAAGAGCAGAAAUAA